AUGAAAAUCAUUGAUUUUAAUUCAUUCACGAAUACAUAUAAUUCAUUCAUUAAUGUUUCAUAUGCUUCUAAAGAAGGUGAGCCAAAAACUAUCGAUAAAGCGGUGUAUGAAAUAAAAGCAUCAACGACGAAAUUGAAUUCGUUAACUUUUGACGGUGAUAGUUUCGUUAAUGACAUAACAUCGGGGAAAACAAUUUUAACGAAAGAAUACUUAAAAUCUCAUGUUAGUGAGUUCGUUGAAAUUGAAAAAGAAGGUGGAAUUAAGUUCGAUCCACUGAAUUUCAUUUUCAGCUUAGCGAAUGCGGGUAUUAAUUUUGCUGAAUGGACAACAAUACAGAGUGAAAUAAAUGCAAUAUGGACGUUUUUGGGGUCAAAAGCGGGAAUGGGUGAGCUUGUAAAUGCUGCAAGAACAUUAGGUGAAACAGGAAAUUUUGUAGAUGGUUUUAAAAGACUUGUUUCAAAUGUUUUAACAAACACAAAGAAAUUAUUUAGAUAUACCAUACAUAACGGUCAGAUUUUCGAACAGAUAGCAACAAACCCUCCGGUUAUGGCUGCGUUGAUGAUGGUUAGAGAUAUAAAACCACGUAACGACGGGAACGAAGAACAUGAACAACAGGAUACUGGUCGGGUUAUUCGAGACAUUAAAAACGUGUAUCCUGAAGUUAUUGAUUUAUUUAGAGGUGUUAAUGAUUCGAUUUCAAAUCAUUCUAUAACCCUUGAUGAAGAGAAUAAAUUAACAGAUUAUAUGUUCGUCAUUAUUGCAGAAUUAAUGAAGAGAAUAAAUGAAAAAGGAAUUGGUGAUAUCAUUAAUGUCAGCGAUGUAAUGAUGAAAAGAAAUUUUGACUCAUUAUUUACAAAACCGAAAACAGAAUAUAGUCUUUAUGACGUAAUUACCGAAUUAAUGAAAAAGAUUAAUGAUAAUAAGAGUUCUGGCGGAAGAGUUGAAUUAGAAGUGAAUGAUGUUAAUGAGAAAUUAGCCGAAAAAGCAGACAAAAAUGAGCUUUUAGCUCUGAGUGAUAAAGUCAAGAACCACGUUCAUUAUAUAACUUCAGACGAACAGAUUAUAACGAACUACCAUGGAUAUUUAACACGAAGUGAUGAAGCGAAGACAAAAAAUGUUAAUGAAAGAAGAUAUAAAUACAUUCGUGCUAAAGGUUAUGACAUAAGCUGUACUGUACAGUAUGAUGUAGCUUGA